AGGAGGAAACGUCUUGGUGGAUCCUGAUCUUGUAAAGCCAAAUAAAUAGUACUACAUAAAAAUAAACUGGGUUUUGGAUUCAGAUAUACUGUCCAAGACGUCGAUGACAAAUGUCUUUUGCAGACAUGACAUGAAAACUGAGUGGCCGAUCAGCAGAAAAUGCGAAUUAUUGGCGGAUUCCAAACUGGCUGAUACAAUUGGUAUGCGUUCUAAAAACGUGUAUGGUAGGUUAAUUGAAGAAUCUAAAUUGCGCCUUUGUGUGAAUGUGAGUGUGAAUGGUUAUUUGUCUCUAUGUGCCCUGCGAUAGGCUGGCAACCAGUUCAAGUGUACACUGCCUCCUGCCCGUUGAUAGCUGGGUUAACCUCCAGCACUCCUCGCGAACCUCUUGAGGAUAAGCGGCAAAGAAAAUGGAUGGAUGGAUGGAUUCUAAGUGCUUCUGUUGAAUGUCUGCUUCAUCACAAACUGUCUCUCAUAGAGUAGAAGGAAGAAAAGCUUUAGCUCUAUCUUUUUAGGUUUCCUUUUAUUGACUUUUUGGUGCAUUGCCAUUUUCACUAAUGUUGUUUAACACACAAUGUCCAAAUCUGAAUCUUGAUACAAUUAAGGUGUCCGAUUUUCACUUGGUGUUCUCAUCCCUCUUAUGUAGUGCAGAAAGUGUUGUGAAAAUGUGUGCAAGAAGGACUGGAGAGUAUGAGGAAGAAGUUCGUGGACCAAAAAAGGAGGAGGAGCCACAACGUCAACUACUGGACGCAGUGUUCAAUCUGCAGCCUCGGAUUGUCCUACGCAGAGCAGAUGUCAGUGAAAAUAUUCAUCCAGAGCUGCAGCAGUCAGUGUCCAGUCACAUCAAAGAGGAAGAAGAGGGUGAAGAGGUACAAUGCAUCAAAGAGGAGGAGGAUGUGUUCCGACACAUGAAAGAGGAAGAGCAGGAAGAAAUCAUCCAUGUUCCAUCAACUGGUGUCCAUUUGAAGAGUAAAUAUGAAGGUCAAAGUGAGGAGAGACGAGGGCCAGAGCUUCCAAGUAGGAACAGCUCAUGUGAUGGAGACUUUUGUGAAAGAUCACAAACAGACGGUCAUGAUGAUGAACAGUCGGAAGGUGAUUUGACAUGUCACAGUGCCAACCAAAGCUGGAAAUGUUCUCAGUGUAGCAAAGCUUUUGCUACUAUGAGGAAUUUCAAACGACACGUGAAAAUACACACAGGUGAGAAGCCUUUUAGAUGCUCAGUUUGUGGUCAAAGGUUCUCUAGGAAGGGAGCUUUAAAAAUACACACAAGAACACACACUGGUGAGAAGCCUUUUUCCUGCUCAGUUUGUGGUCAAGGAUUCUCUCAGAACGUACACUUAAAAUCACACAAAACAACCCACACUGGUGACAAACCUUUUUCGUGCUCAGUUUGUGGUAAAAGAUUCAUUCAGAAUGGACAUUUAAAAAAACACACAAGAACACACACUGGUGAGAAACCAUUUUCCUGCUCAAUUUGUGGUCAAACAUUCUCUCAGAAGGAAAACUUAAAAAGCCACACAAGUACACACACUGGUGAGAGACUUUUUUCCUGCUCAGUUUGUGGUCAAAGAUUCACUCGGAAGGGACUCUUAAAAUCACACAAAAGAACCCAUACUGGUGAGAAACCUUUUUCCUGCUUAGUUUGUGAUCAAGGAUUUACUCAGAAGUGUCAUUUAAAAAGACACACAAGAACACACACUGGUGAGAAACCUUUUUCCUGCUUAGUUUGUGAUCAAAGAUUUUCUUAUAAAUAUCAGGCUCAGACACACAAGUGUGCUGUUGAGAAUAGCAGUGACCAAGAAUGUUUUAAUGAAUGUGUGAAGAUUUAAAAAAAUGUAGUUACCAUGUUACUGACUUGGGUAAAAUAACGUUCUUAUGUGUACAAGCUUCUUAAAAGUUUUAAUUUUGAAGGUGAGCGGAUUGCAUUUGACAUCUACACAAUGUAAAAUAUGACUAAUUAUUAACAUUUCAUGAGAGUGCGUACAUUUUCCCAUAUCUGUUAUGCCAGUAGUUUUUAAUUUUAAAAUGAACCCGUUUGUGAAAUACGAACCACGAAGACCCUUACUUCCUUUGAGCAAUGGAUGCAUUUUGUCAGUGUUUGUGAUGUUUGUAUCAAAGAAUUCAUUGAUUGAACUCAGACUGUCAGGAAACUUGGACUUUGAGCGGAAAUUGUUGUGUAUUUGUGAUCUUGAAUGAAAUACACCCCCGAAAACAAUGAGGUUGACUUUGUGUAUCAAAUCUAUUUCCCCCAUUGAAAAGUUAUUGAAAUGUCUUUUAUCAAUUGGAUAACCUCCGAAAAGAAAUGCUCACACCUUAAUGCAAAACAUGGCCCAAGCAACAAGGCUGAUGUGGAAAAAACUGCAAAGCUGGUUACUGUGAAGGAUCACAAACAGAUAGUGACAAAUGAGGAAAAAAAAGAAAAAGUCCAGGGUUCAAAUGACAUUUCACACAAACUAUCAAUGGAAAUGUUCUCAGUCCGGGAAAACGUUUGCUUGUUAAAGCAAAUACCACAUGAGAAGACACACGGGAGGGAAAACUUUUGCUUCCUCAGUUUUUGGCCAAAGAUUCUUUUAUCAAUAUUAGGCGUCACAGUGAUGAGCUGUCAAGCGUUGGCCUCACAGUUCAAAGCACCCGGGUUCGAUCCAAGCCCUCCCAGUGUUCUCUCUGUGCCUGUGUGGGUUUUCUCCGGGCACUCUGGUUUCCUCCCACAUCCCACAAACAUGCAACAAUAAUUGGACACUCUAAAUUCCCCCGAGGUGUGAUUGUGAGUGCGACUGUUGUCUGUCUCCAUGUGCCCAGUGAUAGGCUGGCAACCAGUUCAGGGUGGACCCUGCCUCCUGCCUGUUGACAGCUGGGAUAUGCUCCAGCACUCCCGAAACCCUUGUGAGGAUAAGAAGCUAAGAAAAUUGAUGGAUGGAUUAAAAAAAAUAAUGAAUUACUUGUUAUUUUCGUGUUAUCCAAAAUGCCGGCUCGUCAUAAUGCUGGAUAUUGGUCAAACACUCGGGAGGAUGGAUUCACUCUUCACACUUCCAAAAGAUCUGGUUCAUCAGCUUUCCAGCUGAUCCACCGUGCCGUACAUAUUUCUCAGCCACACCAGAUUUACACAUGCAGUACCACAGUUCCUCUCUUGGUACUCUGUCAUUCGCUUUCUCUAGAUCCACAGAGGCACAAUGUUCCUCUGACCUUCUCUGUACUUUUCCACGAGCAUCCUCAGGGCAAAUGAUGCAUCUUUGGUACUCUUUAUAGGCAUGAAACUAUACUGUUGCUCGCAGAUACUUACCUCUGCCCUGAGUCAGCCUCCAUUACUCUUUGCCAUAACUUCAUUGUGUGACUCAUCAACGUUAUUCCUCUAUAGAGCUCGUGCACCUUCCUCAUAAAUUCACAUGACUUUUGUUUAUGUCGCCAUAUUGCCCGUUAAACAAAGCAUUAUUCAAUGCAAAGUCGAUUGGAGACGACAUGAAAAUGUCUUAAAGCACGACACCUAGCGUUUUGUCCGAUACCGUUAAACAUUUAGAAGGUGAUAAUAAAUGAAGGUACGUGGAAAAAUGAGAGACACUUGGCAUAGUGGACUCAGAUUUAAUGCCGAAGUCAAUGUUUUCGACGAUAAGAAAUUGGACUGUUAAUUGUCUUCCACUUGUCUUGGACAACUCCAUAUAGACAUGUAUCUGGUGAGUAAGUCGUCGAGAUUUACAUGGAAGAGUUUGAAAGCGUAGAAAAGUGCCGAUGCAUACAAAUACUUUGUUGGAAUAAAUCCGACAUAGUGACGGGUUGAUGGCUCAUGAACAAGGAAGCGUAUUCGGCUUCUUGCGGGUUUCGUGUAGGUGGGCGUAUGUUGUGUGGGUUAGACGGACUCUGCAUGCAUUUUUGGGAAGAAGCGAGUGUGGGAGGAAAAAGAAAGUUGAUUCACAACGACCGGGAACUGUUGUGUGCAAAAAGAAAAUGAAGUGUAACACCAAGUCGAUGCUCCGUGAUUUGUGUUGAGCAUCGUCUCUUUUCACCAGAAUUGGUGAAAGGUCAGGUGUCGUCAAACGGAUGAUUUUUGGUAUAUUAUUAAUGGAAAAACCCACAACCAAUAUGGUCCCAUGUGUUUUUUCACCACAAAACAUGAUUUUGACGUAUACAGCUUUUUGUAACUCCCGCCAUGAAAAUCCUCUCAGGGAUUUGUUUUCGAGAACAAGCAGCAAGUGAUGUAAAGGACAGUGGCGCCCCCUCGUGGACUCGUUUGUUUAUUUUUACCUCCGGGAAGGUAGCUCGUUGUUCCUUCGUGUUCGCCAAAAUGCCGGCUCGUUGCAUUGCUGGAAAUUGCUUGAACACGGGAGGAUGGAAUUACCCUUCAUAAGUUUAAAAGAGACCCGGUUCGUUUUGAAAAAUGGAUUGCACGGGUGG